CAACUUUUUGACUAAAGCAAUCUCCACGCGCCAGUAGUCGUUGACAAUAAAUUUCAGUUUCACACAAAAAUCUCGCCUGAUCUAUCCGCGAGCGAAAACUGGUUAAAGUUUCCGAGAAUCCGAAAAUUUCCCGGGAAAAAAACCCAAACGGAAAAAAAAAAAAAAAAAAAAAAAAAAAAAAAAAAAAAGGAAAAUGCACGAUUUCUGCUUCACCAUUCCGUACGGGCUGAUCGUGGCGAUUGGAGGCGUGAUCGGGUAUCUGAAGAAGGGGAGCACAGCUUCUCUCGGUGGAGGCGUGGGCACUGGAUUGGUGCUCAUUCUCGCCGGCUCUCUCAGCCUCAAGGCCUUCGAGAGGAGGAAGAAUUCCUACUUCGCUUUGAUUCUCGAGACAGUAUGUGCAGCCGCACUGACGACAGUAAUGGGGCAGCGCUAUUUGCAAACUUCUAAGAUUAUGCCAGCUGGUGUUGUUGCCGGUAUCAGUGCUCUCAUGACUUUGUUUUAUUUGUACAAAAUUGCAACUGGCGGGAACCAUAUUCCUGCCAAGGCCGAAUGAAUGAAGGCGUCUAAGCAUCUCAUUUUGAUACUUCUAGUCGAUGUUUUUGGGCCGCACUUACACGGAUGCUUCCAUCAGAUAUUAGACUUUUAAAGAAACUUUUGCUGCUUGGCACUUUGCUAGCAAUUUGUGUGUCAUAACGGUUUAAGGAAUUAUGUCUUUGAAGAUGAAGAGAACCUGAUUCUAACUGCAGCCUAGCUGUUAUUAUUCUGACACUCCUUUGUAUUCUUCUUUGAAUCAAUUUGAAUUCUGAAGUGAUACUAUAUAAUGGACAUACUUCCUUUAUAUGAUUGCAGAGAAUGCUCUUUAAAAUAACACAAAUACCUUCUGAUUUCCA